CCUCAGGGGACCCGGCAUCAUAAUUAUAUAGGAUGCGGCUCAGUCGGCCGUCUGUUAGAGACUAAAAGGCUGCAGGAGGAUCACUGAAGAGCCGAGAACAGCUGGAGGAAACAUGGAGCCUUGCUUCUGACACCGUUUGAAGAGGAAGAAGAGAAAGCAGACAUGUCAGAGAAGAAACCAAGAGGAGCAGACACUCGUCCCAAAUCCGGCCUCCGCAGCUGGAGCGCAGACAGCUACAUUUGGCGAGGGAAGAAGCGCUCCCGGAGCUCCUGCAACGGGUCAGGAGGCGGCGGCCUGGAAGCAGAUGGUUCGGAGGAGCUCGGCGUACGUUCGACGUCGUGUUCGAGGCGGCGCAGAGAGAGGAAGUGCAGCUGCAGUGCCCUUGGGGAAGCCCUGACGGCUGCAGACUUCGAUGGGGUCUGCAGGAAGGCCCUGUCCCGGCGCUCCCUGCGGCAGAAGUUCCAGGAUGCCGUGGGUCAGUGUUUUCCUCUGCGCUCUCACCAUCAUCACUACCACCACGCUGCCGGCUCCUCAAAACCGUUCUCUGUGCUCUUCUGGUCCAAACGUAAGAUCCAUGUCUCAGAGCUCAUGCAGGACAAAUGUCCUUUCUCACCCAAGUCGGAACUGGCCAAAUGCUGGCAUCUUAUAAAGAAUCAGGUCUCUACCCCCAGCGCCCUGAAAGAUAUGGAGGCUCCUUUGAAGCCCAGCCUCUCCUCUUCUACCUCUCCACCUCAGACACCCAUUUCCUGGGAGGACAUCUGCUGCUCACCAGGACCUGCGAGCACCAACCUGGAGGACUGGGACCCUUCGUGUCAUCGUGGGGGUGCAGAGGGCAGCUGUGAUUACACGGACUACAUCCUGGUCCCUGAUCUCCUCCAGAUCAACAACAGUCCGUGUUACUGGGGCGUGCUGAACCGCUUUGAGGCCGAGGAGCUGCUGGAGGGUCAGCCCGAGGGCACGUUUCUGCUCCGAGACUCUGCGCAGGACGAGUUCCUCUUCUCRGUCAGCUUCAGGCGCUACAGCCGCUCGCUGCACGCGCGCAUCGAGCAGAACGGCAAGCGCUUCAGCUUCGACGUGCGUGACCCGUGCAUGUACCGUGACCCGAGCGUGACGGGUCUGCUGAGGCACUACAGUGACCCYGCCACCUGCCUCUUCUUCGAGCCCCUGCUUUCCAGGCCGCUGCCCAGGACCUUCCCCUUCACCCUCCAGCACCUGUGCAGGGCUCUGAUCUGCAGCUGCACCACGUACCAGGGCGUGGACCGCCUGCCGCUGCCCCUUCAGCUCAGGGAGUACCUCAGACAGUACCACAUCAAGUGUGAAGGGGCCUGCGCCAUGUGAACUGUCAGCUGUAAAAAAACAAACUUUUCUUAGAGAAAUGAUGAUACAUUGKUGCAUUGAUGCAUCUUGAUGACUACACAGCAGAGAUAAUAAGAUCCACGACAGGUUUUUCUGACUGUCUCUCUUGUCUACCCUUUAUUAAAGCCUUUAAAAAUGCA